UACUAGUGAUCUUUCUGACAGUGAAUCAAAUCGUUCCGCUGAAGAUUGCAGCGAUACAUCUAGGUCCGAUGGCGAUGCUGAUGAAUUCUGUCGCAUGUUCUCAAGCGAACACCUUCCAAAUUCAGACAUGACUGUGAGAGAUGCCAUGCUGUCACUUAUGGCGUACACUGUGUCGGUCGGACUGAACUGGGCGGACAUGGAGAAGCUUGUGGGAAUAAUUAACCUUUUCCUGGGCAAGCCCGUUCUUCCUACUUGAAGCUACAUGCUUAGGAAAGCGUGGAGGCAGUGGAUGGAUGACCUUGUCAAGCGUCACUACUUUUGCCAAGCAUGCGAAGCUGUGGUAUCAAAUCCUGGCCAAAAAGAUUUUUCAUGCCCACAUUGCACCGCCGAAAACUCUGGUAAAAAUUUUUUCGUUACAUUGGACCUCAAGAAACAAAUUGAGGUCAUGCUUUUCGACAAAGCUGUGUCAAAGGGCCUAAUGGACUCAUUGAAGAGAAGGCAAUCUGAAACGCAUGAUGGCAUUAUCAAAGACAUUAGUGACGGUCGCCUUUAUAAGGAACAGAUGAAUGACUCGUCUUGGUGCGACAUCUCUCUAACCUUCAACACUGAUGGUGCAAAAGUGUUUAAAUCAAACAGGGCUUCCAUAUGGCCAGUACAGUGUGUGGUGAAUGAACUGCCGUUAUCUUUGCGGUGGGGCAAUGUACUGCUAUGUGGGCUUUAUUUUGGAAAGGGACACCCAAAAAUGAGUUCGUUUCUUGGAACUUUUGUUCAAAGUAUCAAGGAACUGAACUGUGUCAGGUGGAGGUGUGAUGAACAGUCGCUCUCCUCAAAGGUGCACAUCACAUGUUGCUGUGUCGAUGCCCCAGCACGAGCGGCAGUGCUCAAUAUGAAACAGUACAACGGCUACUAUGGGUGCAGCUUUUGUCUUCACAGCGGUGUUCAUAUACACGGAUCCCUGAGAUACCCAGUGCAACAACAAGGAAGGCAGCCAGAACUAAGGACUGACAAAAGUGUCAGGGAAGACAUGCAAGCAUCUGUGCUCUCUGGUAAUCCAUCCCACGGCAUAAAGGGAUCUUCAGCACUUGCUCACCUACCCAAGUUUGACCUAGUGCAGUCUGUUUGUCCUGACUAUAUGCACUGUGUCCUCGAAGGCGUUGCAAGACAGCUGGCAGACAUAUGGUUUGGGGCAGUGAAUUCAUCGUCCUAUAUUGGAAUGCCAGCGCAAGUCAAGACGGUAGAUGAAAGAUUGCUCUGCAUUAAGCCACCACAGUGGUUUACUAGACUUCCACGAUCAAUUCAAGAACGAGCGAUGUGGAAAGCAAGUGAAUGGAAGUGGUGGGUUUUAUUUUACGGUGACCCAUGCCUUGAUGACAUCUUGCCAUCAAACUACCACAACCACUUCUGUCUGCUGGUGUCAGCUAUACACCUUCUACUAAAAGAUAGCAUUACCAGGGAAGACAUUAGCGAUGCAAUGGGAAAGCUAUCUGACUUUCUGUUUAAAAUACAGAAGCUAUAUGGUGAGGCAUCUAUGAACUUCAAUGUGCAUCAACUCUUACACCUGCCAAGGAGUGUGGUGGAACUUGGCCCUUUGUGGGCUCACUCCACAUUUCUUUUUGAAUCGGAAAAUGGAGUUUUGUUGAAGUUGAUAAGUAGUGCGAACGGCGUGGCAGUACAAGUAUUGGAAAGGUUUGUGAUGCAACUACGACUUGUAAUGCUCAGGAACACUCUUGACCUGCAGCCUCAGGUUAAGGAAAUGUGUCAACAGUUAAUAUCUCCAGCACCUUCCAAAGUUCCUGAAACAAGGACUUUGGGUAGAGGGAUUGUUUGUGGAAUUGUGGGCCAUGAGCAAAAGAGUGCAUUUAUUGCAGAGCUUGGCUUCAUUCCAGAUGCAGUCACCAGCUACCAGCGUAUUGUAGUUCGGGGCCACCUGCUUCACACUACUGAAUACCAGCGUGCUAAAAGGACCAGAAACUGUACUUUCAAAUGCACAGAGGGUCAGUUUUAAACUUUGCACUAUGUGUAUGAACUUUCUGAUAAUUCUUGCAUGUUGAUGUACACACAGCUAGCCUGUAAAAGGUACUGCAACAUAGCGCAUAUUAACUCCUGCACCCCAAAAAGAGAGAAAGUGUUGAUGCCUCUUGAUAGAGUUGCUAGUAUUUCUGUUUUGACGUCUCUGGGUACUUCAUGCUAUGUUGCAGACCUACCUAACUUUCUUGAGAAAGACUAUAACUAUAGUAGAAUGAGAAUAAUAUGUGGGGUCUUACGUCCCCAAACUACGAUAUGAUUAUGAGAGACACCGUAAUGGAGGGCUCCAAAAAUUUCAACCAUCUGGUGUUCUUUAACGUGUACUGACAUCACACAGUACAUGGCCCUCUACCAUUUUGCCUCCAUCGAAAUGCGACCACUGCAACUGGAAUCGAACCCUUGACCUCCUGGUCAGCUGCCUAGCACCAUAACCACUGAUUUAGUGGGGUGGACGAAGACUAGAACAAGUAGUCAUCUAAGUAGAACAUCGCUGUGCACAGUAACAAAUUUGUCAAGGCCAACUUUUUUCAAUGGAAGUUUGCAACCUUUUAGGCCAACUGCUAUCACCUUAUAAAUAUCAUGAAAGGCCUAGUUCUGGAUGUAAAUAUUGAGCAGCUUCCCUGAAACAUUUAAUGUUUGGCAUUCAGGCGGAUGUUCAGUAAACGAAGUUUGCAAGAGCAGACAUUGAUACCGUAACUAACAAAUUUGGCAGAUCCCAUGCCUUUUGGGAAUCGGUUUCAUGUGAAGCAGUCAGCGAGUAAUUGUGUAUGCUGCAUUUCUCGGCUUUGAGCCAAGCGUUACAAUGUGAAUCAACAUGUUUUUGAAAGUGUAGCAGCUGUGUGCACAUCAUGAACUGACCAGGAACGCCUACUACACUGGCGUUUAAAGAGUAACUUAUGAUCUGACGUGUAACAUCAGUACUCGCAUUAGAGCACAGACGUCAACAUUAUAAAAAAAGUGCAUUUUGUGGUUUGAUAAUGUGAAUAUCAUGUGUGACUGUCAUUAGCGUAUUCCUCCGGCAUCAAGCAACACUGAAUGCAGCUUUCUGAUUCAUAGGAAUAAUGUUAUGUUUACUAGACUGCGAUAAAUGCAGAGCCAACACUGGAACCACAAUCUCUGUUUAGCUGACCACAUUUUGAUAAAGGCUGUUCCAUUUGCUGAAUGUUUUUUGAUGGAAUGUUCAACAACAUGUUUUUCUCUUUCACUGUUUGUUAGAUUUCACAUAGGACCCUACAUCUUACUUUGUUGCAGUUGACCAUGUUAAACUUCUGUACAAAGCGUGAUUUGCAGCAAGCUCAUAUUGUUGAUAACCCAGGCCGUGACUAUAUAUAUAUAUGUGUAACUCAAGAUGCAUCUGUUGUAUGAAUUGCAAAUAACAGUUUCCUUUGUACAUGCUCUGCUAUAUUUAUGCUUGAUCUUCAUCUGUACAUUUGAGUAGUAGCCUUAUCACUGUAUUGAAUUUUGUUAAUCUGUUAGCGCUAGUGUAAUGUUCAAGUUUUUCAUGUGCCCUUGCAUGCUGUCAUUUUGACAUUGUUUUUGACAUUUUGACAUUUUUUUUUUUCAGUUCAUUACAUGUGUUGUAUUGAAAAAAAUAUAGGUAGUUCAAAAGUAGUUUUCCACUUAACUGAAUCUUUUCAUCGCUGCAACAAUUAAACUGGCCCAGAAUGUAUAAAAUUUUGCACAACUUAUUUCUAAAGCAUGUGAGGUACUGUCAGACCAUCUUCUACACAUGUAGGUUCACGAUGGUGCCCAUUGUCAGCUUCCCUUAUGUGUCCGAGCCAGGCCCGUAGCCAGGAAUUUUUUAGGGGGGGGGGGGCACUUGCUGAAAUCCUUGACUAUUUGAGAAAAACUCCUGUUUUCAUCAUUUAUUUUCGAUAAAACACCAUGUGUCACCAAAAUUUCCGGGGGGGGGGGGCAGGACCCCCCCUGGCUACGGGCCUGCUCCAAGCUUUAGUUACUGUUGUAGUGGUGUUGUAGUGGUCAUUAUUGUUCUGAAACAAUGGCUAAUGUAACCAGGGAUUUGUGUGUUUCUAAAUAACAGAGUUCAUUGCUGGUCUGUUUUGUGAUGAGAUGAUGUAAUCUGAAAUUUUGACCUGUUUUUGUUAAUUCAUUGAGCAACUAGAAAAUCAGCUUCAGGAAAGUAAUGUAUUUCACCAUGUAUAAAGCUAACGUUGCAAAAGUAGAACAAUGUUGUUUAUGAGGUAUUAGGAUAGUGAAGUGACUAAGAACCUGCCAAAUACCUUUCUGAUUGCAUUAGAAUGCACGAUUAAAACUUUCAUCCUGGCCAAUAUGUGCAACAAGCCUAUUUGAUGAAAAUUGUGCAGAUCACAAUAGUUAUGUUAUUUCCAAAAUGUU